AUGGCGCCUGUCUAUCACGGCCAGUGGUCUUUUGACGUGGACACGUUCUACGUCACUUCCUCAUGCGGCCAUGUCCACCCACGCGCAACAUACUCCGAGCUGGAUGACAUCUUCAGUGCACCAUUGGGCGACAAAAGGAACAGAGCCGACCAUCAAGACCACUGGUAUGAAGCACAGCUUCUUCAUUUUGGCCUACCGCCGACGAGAAGCAAAGCUACAGCCAAGAUGAGAUUAAUGGAUGCCUUUCAAGAUGGAACACUAGAUGUUCCACAGGAAAUACUCAAAAUGGAAACAACCCUGGCAAGGAACUGGAUCAAACAAGACCUAGAGGCCCGCAUACUGGGUCCUUCGAUGCAACCUUCACCCAAUCCUGGCAUUGCGGCAGCUACGGCGACUGACCCGACUGGAUUUGGUGCCACUCAGAGACCGGAGGGUGAUGAGGAGGAAAAGGUAUUCGGUGCAGGCUUGGCUGGAGGAGCCGGUAUGCAAGGCAACGUGCGAUACCAACGGAACAAGAUGCAACCACCCCACGCUCACACAAAGAGAAGGAACAGCAACAAUGGAGAGCCAUCGACCCGCCAUGUGAAGACUGCCAGAUGUCGGGGUGAAAUUGGUGGAUCCGAAUUGCAGGUUCAGAUUCACAUGAACCCGAAUGGUGAGACCAUUCACCAGAGAUCAACAGUUAUUCCAGUAUCAGUGGGAAACGGAUGCGGACGCCCGGCUCCGGACAGCAAAUUGCAGCGAAUUGCAUAUCAGACAGUGCCUUUAUCGCACCAGACUACCUACGGAAUGGGCACACAGCUACCUCCGCCCGGGCUAAUGGGCACCGACGGUGCGAGUGACUAUUAUGGGUACGACUACAAGCCUGCGAUGAACUCGAGUUAA